ACGACGCAACAGCUUCAUCUGUUGAAAUAGUAUUUGAGGGUACCAGUGGUGACAAUUAUUCAAGAUUGCUUUUUAAAAAUGACGGGAUGAAUUUUCGACAACAAGAUUGGGACCGAUUAAAGAAAAUUGCUGAAGGAAAUCCGGAUGAGCAGAAGAUCGGUGCUUUUGGCGUUGGAUUUUAUUCGGUAUUCUCGAUUUGUGAAGAACCACUUGUAUCUUCCGGCAAUCUUGGCAUGGCGUUUUAUUGGCAAGGUGAUCAAUUGUAUGUGAGACAUGGCCCCAUCGAUAAUAGUGACUCUACGUGGACUACAUUCUUAAUGGAUAUGAGAAAUCCUUUGAAGCUUCCUGACUUGGAUGAAUUCGGCCGUUUUUUGGCAACUUCGUUGGGAUACACCACCAAUCUUCGUCAAAUUUCGGUAUAUUUUAAUGAAAAUGAGUUGAUCUGUAUUUCAAAGCAAGUUAUUGGUCAUUCUCGAUCAAUUGAAAUCAGACCUGAUAUAAAAAAAGAAGCUCCAGAUAAAUUGUUUAAACUUGAAUCGAUCAAUAUACAAAACUUUAAAUUUGAUGCUGUUAUCACACCUAGCAAUCGUGAAGCAAAAAGGGCGUCCGUGUGCCUUCAAAUUGCUAAUGGAAAUCUGAAAGUUCAGGUCCCAAGUAAAUUUUCCUCUGAAAUGGAAAGGUUAACAAAGAAAAAGCCUCCAAGUAAUACUAUUAUACAGGCCAUUCUUCCCAUGUACAGUGACUAUGAAUCUUCCAGUGUAACUUUCGACAUUUUCAAGGAUUUGUUGCCAUUCCCCGAGCAAGGAAAUAUUUUCAUUGGUUUCAGAACACAUCAAACAACCGGCUAUUCUGUGAAUUUAGCCGCUCGCGUCAUACCAACAGUCGAACGUGAAUCAAUUGAUUUUGCCGAAAAAACGCUUUCAAUAUAUAAUGUAGAAAUGCUGCGUUCAGCUGGAACAUUGUGCCGCUUGCUAUACGAAGAUGAGAUGAAUCAAAUCUCACAACUAUAUCAAUAUGGAUUAGACGAUAAUCAAUUAAUGCUUGAAGAACGUUCAGCUCGCGUUCUUAAUCAUUUUACCUUUAGGCAAAGUACACCAGAUAUUAAAGUAGGAAACAUCAUCGAAACACAAUUUUAUAAAUGUUGUUUAUCACGAUUAUCAAUAUUAUCUACUCACGGCGUCAAAGCCAUUCAUCUGAUACGGCUACCCAGUCCAGAGAUGACUGCAUUUAUAAAAACUAUUCCACUUGUUCCAAAAAUCAUGAUGGAUCAAUGCAAUUUAUUUUUUCAUAGAGCAAAUAUUAUCUUGGGGCUUAUUGAAAAACUUUCAAUAAAUGAUGUGUUUGAAGAAUUGAAAAAUCGAGCCCUGGAUAAAGAUGAAAUGAUAGCCUUGAUGGAGUGGUGGAUAACGCAAAGUUUCUCGAUAACAGAUCAUGAUAAACUCAUGCAACUGGCCAAUGUCAAUAUUGAAAAUAAAGUCUUGCAUUUGAAAAAUAUUCGUCAUUUCCAAAACCCUGGUAUUAUAACUCCGGGUUUAGAUGUUCCAUCCGAUGUAUUGCCAUAUGUUAUUAGUCAACAUUUUAAUAAUAAGCUUGAUAAAUUUAAACAAUCUUUUAGAAAUUGGACCGAACUUUCAUUGGCUACAUGGGCGCAAUACAUUGUUGAAAAAUAUGAUUUAAAAAAUAAUCCAGCUUUUGCUGGAGAAUUUAUAAGUGCUCUUUCCCGUGGAUUCAAAAAUACAAAGAAAGAAGACCAGUCCACUAUAUGUCAAUUACUAUCUCGAAUUGAAUGUAUUCCGACACAAUUUGGUGUGAAAAGACCUGCUAAAACAUAUUUUCCCGAUGUAACACUAUUUUCAGACUUGCCCAACGUUAGCGUAAAAGGAGAUGAAAAAUUUUUUACAGAGAUGGGAAUAAAUAAGUAUGUGGAAUUGGAAGUUGUUUUCGCUCGAUUAGUUAAUAAUGAAAAUUUGGAUCACAUGAAGCUUUUGAAAUAUUUUGCAAAGUUUACCGAAGAUCUCAAAGAUGCUGAUUUGGAAAAAUUAAAAAGGACCACAAUUUGGAUAAAGGAGUGUGCUGGUGAUAAUAAACCCGAGAACAAUGUUCAAAGAUAUUUGGCAAGAGACUUGUAUACUCCAUGCUAUCAAAAUAGAGAACUUGAAUUACCAAUAAUACAAUGGAAAGGACAUUGGAACAAAAACUCAAAUGAAGCUAAAUUUAUCAUUGGGCUUGGAUUGCAAGAAUAUCCUUCUCUUCAAACUAUUCUUCAACUUGCCGAACAAGCUCAACCCAUCGAACUUCGUGAGAAAGCACUUAAAUAUUUUAUCAAAAAUUUCAAAGAAAAAUAUUCUGAAAUGUACAAACCCGAUUCGAUCCAAAUAAAAUUUUUACCGUGUAUCAAUGCUAAUAUUUAUGCAAAACCAUCAGAGUGUUAUUCGAGCCCUGAUUGCGUGAAAAUGGGAUUUAAUGCUUUGCGCCAAGAUUUAUGCUUUUGGGCUAAAGAAAUCGGUGUUAAACUACAUCCUGAUAGCAAUUUGUUGCAGGAUAAAUUGGUGCAAAAUCCUCCAAACAUAAACAAUGCAAGAAAAAUUUUCGAAUACAUGUACUUUGCAGCGCGUGGAAGUCAUGUAAAUUGGCAAAAACUUCAGAACAUCAAAUUCAUACCUAUCAGAGAGAAAGUUCCGCCACAUAGAAUCACACAUCACAAGCCGGAAGAAUGUUUUUUCAAA